UUUUAAACCAGGGAAGGUUUAAAAACCUUGGGAUUAGUGUUAUGGUUUACACUGUGGCAAGCAUCCCUGGAAAAGCUAAAUUUGGGCUGAUGCCCCACUGGCCUCAGUGCCAUGCAAACAUAAACCAACAAAUUCCCUAAAAACGGGUUCUUCUUCCCAGUUCUAAGGAGCCAAAAAGGAAAAAGGCAGUCUGUAAUUCCUUGGGGGAAAAAAAAAAGAAAAAGUUGUAAUCUUCAGUUUCAGCACAAAAUUGGGCAUAGAGGACCUGGGUAAUAUCCUUAAUUCCCUGGAUCCUUUGGGGGAAUUCUUGAGCAUCUUUAGGUGUCUCUAAUAUCCCUAAUUCCCUGGAUCCUUUGGGAGAAUUCUUGAGCAUCUCUGGGUGCCCCAAUAUCCCUAACUCCCUGGAUCCUUCAGGGGAAUUCCUGAGCAUCUCUGGGUGCCUGUGAUAUCCCUGAUUCCCUGGGUCCUUUGGGGGAAUUCUUGAGCAUCUGUAGAUGCCUCUGAUAUCCCUAAUUCCCUGAAUUCCUUUUGGGGAAUUCUUGAAUCUCUGCCCUGCCUCUUGCACAGGGAUAACACCACAGGGAUGCUGAUUAAAUUCCUUGUAAACUUGGGUUGGGAGAGAAGCAGGAAGAGCUCCGUGGAAGCCUCCACACACGGACUCUCCAUGAAUUCCCAGCACCUCAACAAGCCCUCAUCCACAGCCUGGGGAAACGCAGGGGUGGUGGGGCCUGGAGCGAUCCCGCAGUGAGCAGCUCCCACGGCUCGGGAAUGGCCGGGGGCCGGCGGGGUCCCAACAGAACCUCCUACUGCCGGAACCCGCUGUGUGAGCCCGGAGCUGCCGGCGGCUCCGGACACUCCUCGGGCUCCUCCGUCACAGGCGUGCGCUCCCGGACCAGGAGUGGCUCAGGUACAGGCCUUUCCAGCCCCCCUUUGGCAGCACAGACAGUGGUCCCCCUGAGGCACUGUAAGAUCCCAGAGCUGCCUGUGGAGAGGAGUGUCCUGUUCGAGCUCCAGCUCUUCUUCUGUCACCUCGUCGCUCUCUUUGUCCACUACAUCAACAUCUACAAGACGGUGUGGUGGUACCCACCCUCCCACCCUCCCUCCCACACAUCACUGAACUUUCACCUUAUUGACUUCAACGUGCUGACGGUGACAACCAUCGUCCUGGCCCGGCGGCUCAUCAGUGCUAUUGUGAAGGAGGCUUCCCAGAGUGGCAAAGUGUCCCUGCCCCGCUCCGUGUUCCUGGUGGUCACUCGGUUUGCCGUCCUCACCGGCACGGGCUGGAGCCUGUGCAGAUCCAUCAUCCACCUCUUCAGAACCUACUCCUUCCUCAACCUCCUGUUCCUGUGCUACCCGUUCGGGAUGUACAUCCCCUUCCUCCAGCUGAACUGUGACCUGCGCAAGGCGGGGCUGUUUGCCCAGGUGGCCAACAUCGGCCCCAGGGACACGGGCGAGGUGGGGGCCCGGGGCAGGGACUACCUGACGGUGCUCAAGGAGACGUGGAAGCAGCACACGCGGCAGAUGUACGGCAUGGAGGCCAUGCCCACCCACGCCUGCUGCCUCUCCCCGGACCUCAUCCGCAACGAGGUGGAGUACCUCAAAAUGGACUUCAACUGGCGCAUGAAGGAGGUGCUGGUGAGCUCCAUGCUCAGUGCCUACUACGUGGCCUUCGUGCCCGUCUGGUUUGUGAAGAACACUCAGUACUACGACAAACGCUGGUCCUGUGAGCUCUUCCUGCUGGUUUCCAUCAGCACCUCCGUGAUCCUGAUGCAGUACCUGCUCCCUGCCCGCUACUGUGACCUGCUCCACAAGGCUGCAGCACACCUGGGCUGCUGGCAGAAGGUGGAUCCAGCCCUCUGCUCCAACGUGCUGCAGCAUCAGUGGACUGAGGAGUGCAUGUGGCCGCAGGGGGUGUUGGUGAAGCACAGCAAGAACGUGUACAAGGCCGUGGGGCACUACAACGUGGCCGUGCCCUCUGACGUCUCGCACUUCAGGUUCCACUUCUUUUUCAGCAAACCACUGAGGAUCCUCAACAUCCUGAUCCUGCUGGAAGGGGCAGUCAUCUUCUACCAGCUUUACUCGCUGAUUUCUUCGGAGAAGUGGCACCAGACCAUCUCCCUGGCUCUGAUCCUCUUCAGCAAUUACUACGCCUUCUUCAAGCUGCUGCGUGACCGUCUGGUGCUGGGCAAAGCCUACUCAUAUGCUGCCAGCAGGGACUCAGAGCAGAAGUUAAAUUAAAACAAUUGCACUGAUGCUGAGCUUGUUACAGAACAAACAAAACAAGAAACCCUCAGAGCUUUGUAUUUUUGUUACCACUGCUUUUUUUUUUUCUUUGAUAACUGAUGUAAUUAAAAGGAAAAAAAAAAACAUAUUUUUUUACUCCCAACAA